AUGGAUGAGAAAGCAGCCGGUAACACAAUACCGGCAUCGUUGGUGCCCCGAAAGCGAAAGGAACGUCGGCCGGUCAAAGAUGGCGAAUCUGUAAAACGUUGCAAAGGAAACGACCCUCCACUAUUAGCUCUAAUGCCAGUAACGGUUGCCCCAGGGUCAGAGUAUCCGACCUCAAAUCGACCCUCCCCCCCGCGGCAUACUCGGAUCGACUUACGGAAGGGCCACUAGACUCACUCAAUAUAACCCCUACAGCUUUUUUGACCGCCCUUCCGAAAAUUCAACCUUCAUCUAUGAGAGAGGGUUUUGCAAUGGUCCCAGAUGUUACCUGGGCGGAUAUCGGGGCCCUUGAUUCACUCCGGGUUGAAAUGCAGACCGCCAUCGUGCAGCCAAUCAAGACGCCUGAACUUUUUGCUAGCGUGGGGAUCACUGCACCAGCUGGCAUACUCCUUUGGGGCCCUCCGGGGUGCGGUAAGAGCUUGCUAGAAAAAAAGCUGUUGCGAACGAGAGUAGGGCAAAUUUCAUCAACGUACAAGGUCCGGAGUUACUUAACAAGGUUUGGCUUCUGAUUUCAGUAUCCCACAAUUGCAAGGCCGCUACUAACCAGCACAGUACGUCGGGGAAUCAGGGCGGGCUGUACGUGAAGUUUUCUCACGGGCCCGAGCUUCCAUUCCAUGUCUUAGCUUUUUUGAUGAGUUCGAUGCUCUAGCUCCUCUUCGCAAUGCUAGUUUUUCGGUAUCCACUUCUCGUGUAGUAAAUACACUUCUCGUAGAAUUGGGUGAACUUAGUAGCCGUAAGGGAAUCUAUGUCAUUGCGGCGACUAAUAGACCCGAUGCCAUCGAUCCAGCAAUUCUCAGCCCGGGAAGAUUGAAUACGCUUUUGUUUGUAGGUCUUCCAAACACGGAGGGGAGGGUGGAGAUUUUGAAAACUAUCACCAAAAAGACACCCCUCUCCAACGUCGAUCUAGGGGCUAUUUCCAGGGAUGGCAGGUGUAGGGAUCCCAGGUCAGUCUCUCUCAAUAGAUCCUCCCUCUUCCAUACUGAUGUUGUGUUAGUGGCAGUGUUCUCAACCGUCUGGGGCCCCCGUAGGGCUCCACGGAGGGACUGCCAAGAGCCCGGGACGGGACAGGACCGCAAAAUAUAGUCCCCCCCCCCGUCCUUGAACUCCUAGGACGGCCGUCAUGAGGAAGGACGAUGAGCCCCACCAUCUGAGACAACUUCUGGUAGGGGACGGUGGGGGGCGGUGGGGGACUGCGGGGAAGGGCUGAGGGUUUAAGGGAUGGCAGGGGACGGUGGGUGACUGUGGGUGACGGCAGGGAACUGUUAGUGAAUGGUCCUUUGCUCUUAUGUGUCGGGCAAGUUCAGGAAAAGACGGGACGGGACGACACAAUGUAGUCCGUCCUGGUCCUUCAUUUCUAGCUGUCGGACAUGUUGAGAAAAUGACCGGACGGACUGCCCCGUUGCGGACACUGGUUAUUGGCGCAUAUUUGGUGGCAUUGGUGAAGGAGGUCUCGGUUCUGGCUCUUGUACGGGAUAGUCCCACAGAUGUCCCGGAAGUUAGGGAAGGCGGAAACACUAGUAACCGCCAAGUAGUGGUCACAGCGGAGGACUUUGAAAAGGCCUUCGCAGACGUCGGGCCUUCGCUGUCUGUGGACAAUAGGGAGAGGUAUCGGGAGCUGGCCGCCACAUUCGGUCGUGGAAGGGUGGUGGGCGCGGGGAUGGGACAUUCUAGGCCGACUUGUGAUAGUUUGCCAAAUACAUAUGAAGCUUGA